CUAUAAAACACGGACAAAUCUCGAGUGGAAUGCAUGACAGAGAGAGAGAGAGAGAGAGAGAAAUGGGGGUGGGGGGGACAUAGAGGCAGUGAAAUCAGAUGAGAGGACAGAAGACCAUUUCUGGUUGUGGAUUAUAGUUCUUCAAGUCGGAACUCUAGAUUUCUGUGGAUUCCGGGUCUGCUUUUAGGUUAUCAUCAAAGCACGGCGAGAACAAAGUGGAACCAUUGAGAGAAUCUGUGAAUCUACGAGGAGAAAUGAAGAACCAAGCUUUUUCCCAGUCAGUAGAACAAGGGUUCUCUCAAAGAAAAAGACGAUCUGUUCGUUUAAGGAAUGAGUUUGUCCGCGUGGGACUUGCAGAAGGCCUCUCCACGUACGUCAUGAUGGUUUUUGGCCUUGGUUCUGUGGCCCAGGUUGUGACAGGACAAGGAGCUUUUGGCCAUUACAUCAGCAUAAACUUGGGCUUUGGUCUGGGUGUUGCAAUGGGCAUCCACGUCGGAGGAAAAGUUUCAGGAGCUCACAUGAACGCAGCGGUGUCCUUCGCCAUGUGCGUGUUUGGCCGCCUUGUGUGGAAGAUGCUGCCCCUUUAUGUCUUUUCACAGCUGGUGGGCUCCUUUUUGGCUGCUGGGACGGUUUAUGCCGUGUACUACGAGGCCAUACAUGACUACUGUGGGGGAAACCUGACUGUAACUGGUGUCAAGGCCACUGCUGGUAUCUUUGCCACCUACCCUGCACCAUACCUGUCCUUGUUGGGGGGAUUCAUCGAUCAGGUCUUUGGCACGGCUAUGCUGCUGCUGUGUCUGGUGGCUCUGUCUGACCAGAGGAACAAACCGGCGGCAGCAGGCAACGAGCCUGCCAUCGUGGGUCUCCUGGUGCUUCUCAUCGGCAUUUCUCUGGGCAGCAACAGUGGAUACGCGAUAAACCCCACCAGAGACUUCGGACCGAGGCUCUUCACUGCGAUGGCAGGCUGGGGGACUGACGUGUUUAGGUCAGGAAAUGGUUGGUGGUGGGUGCCUAUUGUUGCCCCGACAAUUGGAGGUGUGCUGGGUGGGGGGCUUUAUAAAGUCUUGGUGGAACUUCACCACCCUCCAAUCUCUGACACAUACACUGGGUUAGAGCGGCUAAAAGAGACUGCAUCGCUGGAAAAACAAAAGGUUGACUGUGAUGUACGUGUAUGAGCCCCCCAAGAAGCUGUCUGCACAGUUGGAACAUUCCAAGAUUGCUUUGACACGAGGAUGGACAAAGAAAGUCUCAAAUACAGGUUACGCUUGUACUGUGUCAUGCAAUUUUAAGAGGAAUCUGCAAUAUUGGUUACUCAGUUACAGUAAUUAAGAGGUGCUUAGAAAUGAUUGACUAACAAUGUAUAACAGCAAGAAUAGCCAAGGUUACAAGACUACUUCAAUGCAAAUCCUUGCCAUCCAGUUUAUAAAUGUUGGCUAUGUUCACACUGCUAGGUCGGAUGUCCAAUCUGGGUUUUCUUUUGUCAAAUCCGAUCUUUUUAGUGGCCGUUUAUAUUACAAAAAAUAAAGGCGAUUUUGUAAUGUGAAUGCAAUCUGACCCGCAAGCAGACAUGACCUCCCACACACUGGAGUGUUUACGCAAGUAGACAUGGCUUCAUUUCUAGUCGGUCUUAGUACUGGCGUAUUUGUGGCAAUUUUAAGGCUUUUGUGCAACAAAACUCCACAAUUAUUGGGCGUAGAAGAUUUAAAAAGAAAGAGGACAAGUAUUUUGGCUCGGGCAGUUUUACAGGAUAUUUUGCUUCCAUGUCUGCUUGAGGAGUGUGUCUGUGGGCGAGCAGUAAGAGACUGGAGUGGUAGAACUUUCACGCGAGUUCCUAAAACAUAUUAUUUCCACCUCUUUUCUGUGCCGUUGUCAAGUAUUUUAUUUUGACGAAUAAUUAUGACGCUUAUUGCUUUUUGAUAACGUUCAGGUCGGAUGAAUGCGACCUGGCUGCAGGAGCAUUCACAUUAGGAAUGCAUCGCAAAUAUCCGAUUUAUGGCCACUUACGAAAGAGGCAUGUGUCGGAUAAGAAAAAUUUGGAAUGGCACAGACAUUAAAAAAAUCUGACAUGUGUCGCAUAUGGGCAAAAAAAUUGGAAUUGACCUGCAGUGUGAACAAGGCAAGGCAGGGGCCCACUAACGUCUUCAAUUUGGCCCGUGAGAUGUCAUUUUACCCACAGGGAGACUUCAUUUAUUUCAAUAGUCUGAAAGUUUUUAUGCUGCUAUUAUGUCACCAUCUAGUGGACAUUUACUUAUAUGACGCAAUGCAAACAACCUUCCCUAGUCAUGGUCCAAUUUUAUAUAUUUAUUUUAUGACACAACCAACACAAAAUGUCAAGAGGCAUGGUCACACUGCCUGCUCACUGAACUUUGCGGAUAUUAUAAAAAACGUCCAUGCGCAAUAAGAAUUCUAAAUUUAAAUCCAUUGCAAAGCAUGAUAGGAAAAAUGCAAAACACACUUAUCCAUGUUUGGCACAUUUUAGCUGAUUAAUUUCAAAACUUUAAGGAGGUUGUCACGGAAGUAAACAAGGCAGAAAACAAACUUUCACAUACUCUUAUCAUAUAUAUAUAUAUAUAUAUAUAUAUAUAUAUAUAUAUAUAUAGCUUGUAGGGAUGAUAUAGCCUCUUGUGUUUUUUGUGACCUAACAUAUAUUCCGCUUUACCCCGGUAUUGAGCACUAUAUAACGGAUAAACCACAGAAACCUCUACUAUAUAUAUAUAUAUAUAUAUAUAUAUAUAUAUAUAUUGGGCGGUGCUAAAGUUUGGGCACCUUGCCUAAGGGAAGAAAUUGAAACCUAAAACAGAUGUUUUCCUGAGGUGCAAAGUUUUAAUACUGCUGCAAAAGCAGAGCGAUAUUGCAAUCAACAUACCUCUUACAUGGGUUUCAGUUAUAUAUAUUUGAUGUCAUAUUGAGAAAUAGGCACCAUACUGUCAUACAGACAGGAGUCUACAGGCAAAUACAGUAUCUACUUGGAAACUACUUCAGCCUAUUAGUCGGAUCAAGCUUGUUAGUCACAUGCUCGCUUUUAAGUGAAUCAUCAUCAUGUAUGUGUUCUGUGACAAUUUUAAAAGUAAAGCUAAUUAACAAUCAGUAAAAUCAGUGUAAACUAUUUUUGUAUGCAAAAUGAUUCAACAUUUUCCCGACACCUUCACUUUAAACUAGGGAUGCACCGAAAUAAAAAUUUGUGGCCGAAGCCGAAGCCAAAUAAAAUUUAAACGCUUGGCCGAAGGCCGAAUACCAAAUACCGAAUAAUGAAUGCAGUUUUUCACAAUUUUUUAAAUAUUGCAUAAAUAGCCUAGAAUAAAUACUUACACAUGUUUUUCCAAUAAAGUACUUUUUUAUUGAAUAUUGACUUUUUUUAAUAUUUCAGUAGCCGUUGCUUUUCAAAAAAAGCACAAAGUUUUUCAUUUAUAUUAGGCCUUCAAACAAAACAUGCAUUCCAAAAAAAAAAUAAAGUGCAUUAAAGUGGAUAAACCCACAACAAAUGAAUUAUUGUCCUUUUGGCAAAAGUCUGCUUAGCCACAGUAGAUAUGCUAAUAAUGUAAACAGAAGGCUCAAGUAAAUCUCAAUAAGUGUGUGCUUGUAACCUCAUACACUUAUACAGGUAGCCUACACAACAGGCUAAUAAUGUAAACAGAAGGCUCAAGUAAAUCUCAAUAAGUGUGUGCUUGUAACCUCAUACACUUAUACAGGUAGCCUACACAACAGGCUAAUAAUGUAAACAGAAGGCUCAAGUAAAUCUCAAUAAGUGUGUGCUUGUAACCUCAUACACUUAUACAGGUAGCCUACACAACAGGCUAAUAAUGUAAACAGAGGCCCCACUAAAUCUCAAUAAGUGUGUGCUUGUAACCUCAUACACUUAUACAGGUACACAACAUUGUAACCUCAUACACUUAUACAGGUACACAACAUUGUAACCUCAUACACUUAUACAGGUACACAACAUUGUAACCUCAUACACUUAUACAGGUACACAACAUUGUAACCUCAUACACUUAUACAGGUACACAACAUUGUAACCUCAUACACUUAUACAGGUACACAACAUUGUAACCUCAUACACUUACACAGGUACACAACAUAUCCCAACGUCACUGCACGUUGGUUGAUUGCGUCACCCCUCAAAAAAUUGCGUCACACGCCACUAUUCGGCCUUGUUUUUAACUCAUUCCACCGAAGGCCGAAUGUGGCUUUUUUUGCCAUAUUCGGCCGAAUAUGUUCGGUUACCGAUUAAUCGGUGCAUCCCUACUUUAAACAGUGAAUAUCGGCUUGUUCGUGCAGUUAUCUUCUUCAGUGUUCCAUGUCAAUAUUAUUAUAAUGCAUUCAGAAAUGAAACAUUUGGAGCGACAGUAGCAUCAAACUUUGUAACAUAAGUCUAGUGUAGAAAAAUGUAAUGAUGAGUGGACCAAGAGCCUCAGCAGUAAUAUGUAGUGAUUAAACACUGGAUUAAAACCAGGACAGCGCCGUAGUCUCCAUUGUUAUCAUCUUUAAAAGUGCUUUUUUUCAUCGCUUUGCUAUGCUAGGUUUCCCGCUGCCACCUUGGCUCUUAGUAUUGCUCACUUGGCUGGAAGGUGCUGCUGGCUUCUUUUUGGGGGUGGGCACCUUGGUUUUGGCUUUGAAGGCCUUCAAGGGAUCCAGCUUGUUGAGGUGGGAGUCUCCAAAGGAGUCAGGCAAGCUGAGCUCAUUUCUGUAAAUCAGCGGCUGGUACAGCGAUGCCCACUGCUGUGGAGGAAAAGAUGGGUGAGUGAGACUACAAGAACUUCUGUUCUGUUCCUACAGUACAACAUCCACGGAGUUAAAGAGAAUGUACAUUAAUCAUGGAAAAACAUUGUUAUUUUGCCUUGUGUGGUCAUACCUGGAAUGUUGAGCAUUGCACUGUGAAUGGCAAAGAAUAAAAGAAGUGUGUACUUGA